AUGGUGACACUAUGCGCCCGUCAAGAGCAGAGGCAUGUAGGUGAAGUGGUUGAUGUAGACAAUAACAAAUUCAACAUGUCUGCGCCCUCAGAACCCACCCAGGAAUCCCUCACUGCCGCCUACAAAUCCCCUUCCGGCACCAAACAAUUCCACUAUGCCAUCGAGAACCCCCAUGUCGACAAGCAGCUCGACACCACCUCCCAGACCAGCUACCUGAGCCAACUCCGCGCCUCUACCAAGAAACUGCAGGAGGACAUCAAUUAUUUCCUCACCGAGAAGAUGGACGAGGAUAAGAAGAUUGGUUUGGGAGCCAUGGUCAGGUCCAAGACAAAGGAAGAGUUAGAAGAGGAGAAUUAUGGCGAAGAGAUUGCCGAUGAUGACGACAACGACGGCACUGGGUAA